AUGUAUUGUAAUUUUGAAUAGAAGGAAGCUUUGAUUGAAAUUUUUGCUUAAGUUAAAGAUAUAGAUGAACAAAUAUUCAGUGUUAUAAUUAAAAUUUUUCGUUAGGAGAAAGUUUAAGAUAGUAUAGGAUAUAUUUCAGAUAAUUUAAAUCAGAAACAUUUUGAAUAAUACAUUCUAGAAGGAGAGUAUUUAAAACAAGUUGAUAACGAAUAGAAAUUGUAUGUUGUUAGAAAUAGCAUUAAACAAAUUAUUAAUAUCUUAAAAAAAAUAAAAUAUCAUGACUUUAAUAAAAACGACUUUUCGAAUGAAGGAACUUAGGAAUGUCGACAAGUUUUACUUAAUGGAAUGAGAAAUCAAAGGUUGAUCAUAGAGUUUUUAAAAUUUUUAGUUUACCUCACAUCGAUUGAUAGCUCUUUAAUAUAAUGUGGGUCAAAUUCCUUGCAUUUAUUAGUUGAGAUGAAGAUCGACCUUACAUAAAAAAAUUUAAAAAAUAUUGUGAUUUAAAAUACUUCUUUGGUGGGAGCUAAUUUGUUUCGAUGUAAUUUAAGUGGAUCAUAAUUUAAUAAUGUAGACAUAAGUGGAAUAAAUUUAAAUGAAGCUUAAUUAUUUAAUUGUUCAUGGAAAAAUAUAAGGAUACAUGAAUUAAAUUAAAUAAAUGGUCAUAGUGAUUAUGUGCGCACAGUCUGUAUUUCUCCCGAUGGGACUAUAAUUGCAUCUGGUAGUUACGAUAAGUCUAUCCGAUUAUGGGAUUUUAAAACUGGAUAAUAAAAAGGCAAAUUAGAUGGUCAUCGUAAAUGGGUCUCAUCAGUAUGCUUCUCUCCUAAUGGUAGUAUAUUAGCAUCUUGUAGUGGAGAUAACUCUAUCUGCUAAUGGGAUAUUAAGACAAGAAAAAAAAAAUCUAAAUUUGAAGGAAAUAGAGGGAAGGUUAGUUCCAUAUGUUUCUCCCCUGAUGGUACUACAAUAGCUUCUGGUAAUAGUGAUAAGUCUAUAAAUUUGUGGAAUGUUAACACAGGAUAAUAAAAAGUUAAACUAAUUGGUCAUAUUGAUGCUCUCUGCUCAGUAUGUUUCUCGAAUGAUGGUACGACUUUAGCAUCUGGUGGUGAUGAUAAAUAUAUCUGUUUAUGGGAUGUUAAAACAGGAUAACUAAUAGCCAAAUUAUAUGGUCAUAGUGAUUAUAUCCGAUCAGUCUGUUUCUCACCUGAUGGCACUACAAUAGCUUCUGGUAGUGAUGAUAACUCAAUCAAUUUAUGGGAAGUUAAAACAAGAUAAUAAAAAGUCAUCUUACAUGGUCAUGAUGAUUCAGUUCUUUCAUUAUGCUUUUUUCCUGAUUGUACUACCUUGGCUUCUGGUAGUAGCGAUAAGUCCAUCCGUAUAUGGGAUGUUAAAACAGGACAAGAAAAAGCCAAAUUAUAUGGUCAUAGUGAUUAUGUCUACUCAGUAUAUUUAUCUCCUGAUGGUACAACGUUAGCAUCUAGUAGUCGAGAUUGUUCUAUACGUUUAUGGGAUGUUAAAAUAGGAUAAUAAAAACCAAAAUUGGACGGUCAUGAUGAUUCAGUUCUUUCAGUAUGCUUCUCUCCUAAAGGUACUAUAUUAGUAUCUGGAAGUUACGAUAAGACCAUCUGUUUAUGGGAUGUCAAAACUGGGUAACAAAAAGCCAAAUUAAAUGGUCAUACUGGAUCGGUACUAUAAGUAUGCUUUGCUCCUAGCGGUACUAUAUUAGCAUCUUGUAGUUAUGAUAAGUCUAUUCGUAUAUGGGAUGUUAAAACAGAAUAAUAAAUAGCUAAAUUUGAUGGUCAUAGUAAUUAUGUCUUCUCAGUAUGCUUCUCUUUUGAUGGUACUAUAUUAGCAUCUGGUAGUGCAGAUGAAACUAUUCGUUUAUGGGAUGUUUAAACAGGAUAACAAAAAGCAAAAUUAAAUGGUCAUACUGGAUCGGUACUAUAAGUAUGCUUUGCUCCUAACGGUACUACAUUAGCAUCUUGUAGUUAUGAUAAGUCUAUUCGUAUAUGGGAUGUUAAAACAGAAUAAUAAAUAGCUAAAUUUGAUGGUCAUAGUAAUUAUGUCUUCUCAGUAUGCUUCUCUCCUGAUGGUACUAUAUUAGCAUCUGGUAGUGCAGAUAAAACUAUUCUGUUAUGGGAUGUUAAAACAGGGUAAUAAAAAGCCAAAUUAGUUGGUCAUUUUUAAUGGGUCUCAUCAUUAUGCUUCUCUCCUGAUGGUAGUACAUUAGCAUCUGGUAGUGGAGAUAACUUUAUUCAUAUAUGGGAUGUUAGCACAGGAUAAUAAAAUGCAAAAUUAGAUGGUCUUAGCAAUUGUAUUAACUCAGUAUGUUUCUCUCCUGAUGGUACUACUUUAGUAUCUGGUAGCUAUGAUAACUCUAUACGUCUAUGGAAUGUUAAGACAUGUAAGGAAAUUGAAGCCUCUCAUAAAAAUCUCAAAGAUUUAUUCAUAAAAUUUAACACUCCAAUAUUUUUAUACGAUCCUCUACCUCAAGGUAAAAUUAGUUUUUAUUUUAUUAGUCGCAACUUAUAUAACUAUUCUCAUAAUGUCACAAUAACCAAUAUUUUAAGCUUAAGGUGCAUUAAUUCUCAUAGGCUAAUUUGUAAAUUAUUAAGGAGUUGAUUUACAAUCAUUAUUUAAAUCAAAAGGAAGUUGUUUUUUGGAAGGCUCAAUAACAAUAAAGUAAGGGUGA